UUCGUUUUAUUCACAAGUCAUAAGCAUGAGAGAAAAAUAAAACAAUCUUUCUCUAGUAAAAAUGCUUUAUUGUCUUAUUCUCCUCCUCCUCCUAUGCCUCUCUUCCACGUAUCUAUGUCUCUCACUAAACCACGAUGCCACCAUCCUCCGGCAAGCUAAACUCGGCUUAUCUGACCCGGCCCAGUCACUAUCUUCGUGGUCCGAAAACGACGUCACUCCCUGCAACUGGCGCGGCAUCACCUGCGACGCCACGUCAUCAGUCCUCUCCGUUGAUCUCUCCAGCUUCAUGCUCCUCGGUCCUUUCCCCUCCGUCCUCUGCCGUCUUCCUUCUCUCUCUUUCCUCUCUCUCUACAACAACUCCAUCAACGGUUCUCUCUCCGGAGACGAGUUCACAUCGUGUCGGAACCUCAGCUACCUCGAUCUGUCGGAGAAUCUACUGGUCGGGUCCAUCCCGGAGUCACUCCCUUUCAACCUGCCGAACCUCCGCCGCUUCGAAAUCUCCGGGAACAACUUAUCAGACGCGAUUCCGGCGAGCUUCGGAGAGUUCCGCAAGCUCGAGUCGUUAAACCUCGCCGGGAAUCUCCUCUCCGGCACCAUCCCCGCCUCUCUCGGCAACGCGUCCACUCUGAGAGAGCUCAGACUCGCUUACAACCCGUUCACUCCGAGUCGAAUCCCGAGUCAGCUCGGCAACCUAACCGAGCUUCGCGUUCUCUGGCUCGCCGGCUGCAACCUCGUCGGACCGGUGCCUGAGGCUCUCUCCGGUUUGACUCGGUUGGUUAGUUUGGAUUUGACGACGAACCAACUAACCGGUUCUAUCCCGAGCUGGAUCACGGAGCUGAAAAGCAUCGAGCAGAUCGAGAUAUUCAACAACUCGUUCUCAGGGGAGUUACCGGAGGCGAUGGGUAACAUGACGAUGCUGAAGAGCUUCGACGCGUCCACGAACAAGCUGACAGGGAAGAUCCCCGACGGCUUGGCUGGGUUAAUAAGCCUCGAGUCGCUGAACCUCUUCGAGAACAUGCUCGAAGGACCCUUGCCGGAGAGCAUAACUCGCUCCAAAGCGUUGACGGAACUCAAGCUGUUCAACAACAAACUCACCGGAGAGAUACCGAGUCAACUCGGCGCGAACUCCCCUUUACAGUACGUGGAUUUUUCGUAUAACCGGUUUUCCGGCGAGAUACCGGCGAACUUAUGCGGUGGAGGGAAGCUAGAGUAUCUCAUGCUUAUAGGGAACUCUUUUUCCGGUGAAAUACCGAGGAAUCUUGGCAAGUGCAGGAGCUUGACACGUGUCAGAUUAAAUAAUAACAAGCUUUCCGGUCACGUUCCGGAAGAGUUCUGGGGGUUGCCUCGCUUGUCGCUGCUCGAACUCUCGGAGAACUCGUUCACCGGAACAGUCUCUGUUGCCAUCGUCGGUGCAAAGAAUCUAUCAAACCUGAGAAUCUCGAAGAAUCAGUUCUCAGGUUCGAUUCCCGGCGAAAUCGGAUCGCUUAACGGACUGAUCGAGAUCGCCGGAGAUGAAAACAACUUCUCCGGCGAGGUUCCUAGUACUUUGGUGAAGCUUAAGCAACUGAGCAGGCUCGAUCUCAGCUCUAAUCAGCUCUCCGGCGAGAUUCCACGUGGGAUUCGCGGUUGGAAGAAUCUGAACGAGCUCGAUUUGGGUAAUAACCAUCUCUCCGGCGAAGUCCCUAGAGAACUCGGAGAGUUGCGUGUUCUUAACUACCUUGAUCUCUCUAACAAUCAAUUUUCCGGUGAAGUUCCAACGGAGCUCCAGAAUCUGAAGCUAAACGUUAUAAACCUAUCGUACAAUCAUCUGUCCGGGAGGGUUCCUCCUCUCUACGCUAACAAAAACUACGCGUCCAGCUUUCUCGGGAAUCCUGACUUGUGCAUCGAUAGUCUUUGUCGGAAGAUCAGACGGUCUAACAACAUGGGUUAUGUCUGGAUUCUCCUGUCGAUUUUCGUACUCGCCUGUCUGGUUUUUGUUGUUGGGGUUGUUAUGUUUAUCGCCAACUGCAAGAAGAUGAGAGCCACCAAGAGGGAUAGAUUCUCCGCGUCCAAGUGGAGAAGCUUCCACAAGCUUCGGUUCAGCGAGCAUGAGAUCGUUGAUUGUCUCGACGAACGAAACGUUGUCGGUUCCGGUUCCUCGGGUAAAGUCUACAGAGCGGAGCUUAGUGGUGGAGAAGUCGUAGCGGUGAAGAAACUCAACAAAACGGCUAAAGGAGUUGAAGACGAUUCGUUGAAUAGAGACGUUUUCGCUGCGGAGGUGGAAACGCUCGGAACGAUUAGGCAUAAGAGUAUCGUGCGUUUGUGGUGUUGCUGCAGCUCCGGGGAUUGUAAGUUGUUGGUAUACGAGUACAUGCCUAAUGGGAGCUUAGCCGAUGCGUUGCACAGCCACCGCAAAGGUGGAGUGUUGUUGGGUUGGCCUGAACGGAUGAGGAUCGCUUUAGACGCAGCCGAGGGAUUGUCCUACUUGCACCACGAUUGUGUUCCUCCGAUCGUGCACCGUGACGUGAAGUCUAGUAACAUAUUGCUAGAUGGAGAUUAUGGAGCCAAAGUAGCUGACUUUGGCAUCGCGAAAGUCGGUCAAAUAAGCGGUUCUAAAUCGCCGGAAGCUAUGUCUGGAAUCGCUGGUUCUUGUGGUUACAUUGCACCAGAAUACGUAUAUACACUUAGGGUGAAUGAAAAGAGUGAUAUCUACAGUUUUGGUAUCGUGCUUUUAGAGUUGGUAACGGGGAAGGAACCAACAGAUCCAGAACUUGGAGAUAAAGAUAUGGUGAAGUGGGUGUGUACUACGCUUGACCAAUGCGGUUUAGAAACGGUGAUCGAUCCCAAACUUGAUCUGGGGUUCGAAGAAGAGAUUAGCAAAGUCAUUCACAUUGGUCUUCUAUGUACGAGUCCUCUCCCUCUAAACCGACCUUCCAUGAGAAAAGUUGUGAUCAUGCUUCAAGAAGUCUCUGGUGCUGUUUCUAGUAGCGGUCAAAAUGAGUCUAAACGCUCAAAGAGCAGUGGGAAACUGUCGCCUUACUACGUGGAAGAGGUAAACAGCGUUUGAGUGCUCAAAAAUGGGCCAAUAUUGUUUGGGUUGGGCGAGAAAUAGUGGUUUGGUUUGUGCUAAGUUAGGUGAAUUGUAAGAACUAAGAAGUCAGAAACUGAAAAGUGGAGCUUUCUGAUUAGGUAAUAGCUCUUAAUGUUAAAAAGUUUGGAUAAUAUUUUGAAUCAAUGCACUGAUUGUAACAUCUGAUGGUUGGUCCACACUAUAGCCAACCUUCAUUUAGUAAAACUCGGCCCGUUACCACA